UGAUGUGUAUAGGGGGUCUCCUGCAGUCCAGCCCAGCAGACCUGCGAGUACAAACAUCAGGACAACUUCAGCACAAACUUCUCUUCACAUUACGAGCUCUUAACAUUGUCCUCCAAUCUCGGAUUAAGGAUUAAAGCGCCGCUGGAAGCUCGGGAUCAUGGAUGAUCUAGAUGCGUUGCUUGCAGAUCUCGAGUCUUCCACCGCUCAUAUCUCCAAGUGCCCGGUGUUUCUGCCCGAAGAGACGCCGUAUUCCUACCCCACCGGAGGGCAUAUCUUUCAGGAUGACUCGCCCCCUCCACCCCUGCCUCCUCCACCCUCAGAUGAGGCACUGAACGGAUCUCACUCCCCACGGACAAACUCCCAGCACUCCUCACAACAGUCUUUGGGUUCUGUUCAUAAAAGCACACUGUCUCCAGACAGCAGUCCACCCGCCUCUCACAUCGAAGAAGACCACGUUUACAGUUUUCCUAACAAGCAAAAGCACUCAGACUCCUCAGCAGCGGCCAUGACUUCUGCUCUGGGCAGCAACUUAUCUGAACUGGACCGUCUGCUUUUGGAGCUCAACGCUGUCCAGCAGAAUGCCCCAUCUUUCUCUACUACAGAGGAUGCAGCUCCUCCAUUGCCACCCUGCAGUGUUGCCCACUACAUCCAGGAAAAUGGAACCCAUUCAGGCAUCAUACUGACUCCUGCAGUCCAAGACAAGACUCAAAGGAACGGGAUGAAGGGGACGGAAGACGGACGUCCCACUGUGGAGAGUCUUCUGAACGAGCUGGAGAGCUCUGUGCCUUCCACAACGCCCAGCCCCUGUGCUUUGACUUGUGAUUUGAAGGACGGGCAGUUGGACAUGCCCUCAGAGCAGCAGGGCAGAAUAUCAGCCACCUCUGCGACACGAGAACUGGAUGAGCUCAUGGCAUGUCUGUCUGAUUUUAAGCCAAGCUCUUUGGGUUCCCUGAACUCUGAGCCACUGUUUGAUCAAGCCACAACCAUUGCCGAAAUCCAUCCACCUCCUGUGUCAGCAGUAUCAAAACCAUUGACCCCUAUCCACCCACCAGAACCAAGCCGGUGUUCCCCUUCUGUUAACUUUGAACUGCACAUUGAGGAAGAAUCUGGUGAAUCAAGGACUGCACCUUCACUGUCCUCUGGGUUCCCAAAGCCAUCCCCUUCUUUUAGAUCUGCAACAUCCAGUCCACGUUUUUAUCCUGUAUCUGAUCUAGACCUAGAUUCUAUCAUUGAUGGUUCUGCUUCACUUCUCACCUCCCAGGUGGAGUCUCUAGUGGUCCUGUCCCAGACUGUAACCCCGACAACUACUAAUGUGCCUUUUACUGUAUCUGGAGGACAUGAACCUUGCCCUGUCAAAGAGGGGAACUCCUCUGGGAAACUGACAAAUUGUGUACUGAAGUCCUAUUCUGCUAUGAAUAAAUCUCCUAGUCCAACAAGGUCUCCAGCCAUCAGCAAAUCUCCUGAAAGAUUUAGUCCUUUGGUGAGACCAGGACCUGUAGAUCAGUAUUUAUCCAACGUUGAGCGAAAUACUUCAAUGUCAAGCCCGGUUCCAUCUAUUCCAAGAUCUGCAGCUUCUCCUUUUUCAAGAGUAUCAGAAUCACCAACUUUAUCACCUCUUUUCUUCUCCAAAGCUACUUCCCCCUCUCCCUUCCUUCCCACAUGCUCAUCUCCCACAAUCUCCAAGUCUCCCAGCCCAAAGCCAUCAUCAGACCAGCCCACUGUGUCUCAAAACCCCCUUACACCCACUAUGCUAGAAUCAGCCAAUUUUGAACCAUCCCUUGAUGAUGCUUUGGAUAAACUUCUAGCAAUGAGCUUCAGCAAGUCUGAGGUGGUGGAGUCUCCAAUCACAGUCUCUGCAGGUCCACAGCUUACCUCGCAACCAGAGAUAUACGAGGAGACGAUAGUUGCAGUAGAUCGCAGUGAUAUUCUUCCUGACACAAACACUGAGAGUGAGUUAGGGGACGGUCUGCUGGAGGAUCAGUCGGACUGCAGGAGUGAUCUGGACUGGGCUGACAUGGAGUUGAAGAUGGUAUAUGACGGACCAGAUGGCUCCAUGACGCCCAUGACUGAAGCAAGUUGGAUGGAUGACUCUCUUACUCCAUCGUCUUGCCCUGGAACCCCAGAUGCUCAGAUGGAUCUUUCAAUGGCGCAUCCGGUUGGCACAAUGGACAGGAUCUCAGCCUCUGGACAUCUUAAAUCAGUUAUUAGACGCACAAAGGAGACACCCAACGUCCACCCUAUGUACCGGGAUGGCCUCAUACGUAGGAAGAUGGGCCCUAUUAUUUUCAAUAAGAGCAACUCCCAGGACCGGCUCAUUGAGGAACUGCAAGGCAAGCUGGGAAUUGGCCGCAAAGAGCGCAUAAAAAAGCAACAGUCAGAUGAUUGGCUAACAGAAGGUGUCAUUGUGAUGUCCAACCCUAAACGCUCAAGGGAAGACCACAACAGAGAGAUCGAUAAGAUAAUCAUACCUCCUGAUUCUCCUCUUCCCCAAAGAAAGGUGAUCCCACCUCCCCAAUCGCCCCCGGCCCCUCGUCUCCCUCCCCCUGUUGAGGAACCCAAACGUCCCCCUUUGAUCAAAGCAGUUCCUGCCCCUUUGCCUCCUCCCCCAGUUCCUGCCCCUUUGCCUCCUCCCCCACCUCCUGCCCCUUCUCCACCUCCAAGAGAGCCCUCACCUCCCCCUCGCCCCCCUCUUAUUCCACCUAGUCCCCCAACCCCUGCACCUUUUAAAGUUCAAGCUCCCACGCCAAAGCCCAUUUCUGCACCCCUACCUAAACCUGUCUCUGCACCUGUCCCCGUGGCCCCGCCCAAAGUGUUGGUGUCAGUGGGUUGUCAGACGGAAUACAAUCCUCACUUCCCUCCAAUGCAGAUCAUGGCCCAGGGGAAGGCUCCACACACACAGGUCAAUAAACUGGACAACAUGCUGGGCAGUUUGCAGUCUGACCUUCAUAAGCUGGGGGUGCAGACAGUUGCUAAGGGAGUGUGUGGCGCCUGCUGCAAACCCAUUGUGGGCCAGGUGGUUACAGCUAUGGGACGCACAUGGCACCCAGAGCAUUUUGUGUGCACACACUGUCAGGAGGAGAUCGGUUCCAGAAACUUCUUUGAGCGCGAAGGACAGCCGUACUGUGAGAGAGAUUACCAUCAUUUAUUCUCUCCACGCUGCUUCUACUGUAAUGGACCCAUACUGGAUAAAGUGGUGACGGCGUUAGACCGAACGUGGCACCCUGAACACUUCUUCUGUGCUCAGUGUGGAGCUUUCUUCGGCCCUGAAGGGUUUCACGAGAAGGAUGGUAAGGCGUACUGCCGUAAAGAUUACUUCGAUCUCUUUGCUCCUAAAUGUGGCGGUUGUGCUCGUGCGAUACUGGAGAACUACAUCUCUGCCCUCAGCUGCCUCUGGCAUCCAGAGUGUUUUGUGUGCAGGGAGUGUUUCACACCUUUCAUAAACGGCAGUUUCUUCGAGCACGACGGGCAGCCAUACUGUGAGGUGCAUUAUCACGCCCGCCGUGGAUCGCUGUGUUCCGGCUGUCAGAAACCCAUCACCGGUCGCUGCAUCACAGCUAUGGGCAAGAAGUUUCACCCCGAGCAUUUCGUCUGUGCCUUCUGCCUGAAGCAGCUGAACAAGGGAACCUUCAAAGAGCAGAACGACAAACCCUACUGCCAGGGCUGCUUCAUCAAGCUCUUCAGCUAGAAUCACAAAUAUGUGUGUGUGUUUGUUUGUGUGUGUGGUGCUUUAGAAAGCACAGUGUGUAUGUUGUAUUGUUUGAGUCUGUAUAUGUGUGGUGUUCAGGUUGAACGGGUGUCUGACUCUUGGCAUUUGCAGGUGGCUUUGCUGGUCAGGUUGUUUUUGAAAGGUAUUCGAGAAAUGAUCAGGUAGAGAUUUUCAGUAAGUCUGUGAAAAUGAGUAUUGCUCACUGGUUGAGCUGGAGAGAAACUGACUGGUUAGUGGAGAGAUAAAAAGUGAGGAUGAUGAGAGAUGUGUGGAGAACACAAUCAGUGAAAUAAUAUAGACUGAAACUGGACCUUAUAUUGAAUUUCACAGAGAAAUAUCCGUGUCAUAUUUCUCCCAAAACCCAAAAGAAAAAACAUAAUUCUAUAAAGGCAGUAAACCUUAUGGGCUCUUGUGUGCCUUGUUUUGUAUUACAAAUGACACAAAGUAUACCAAAAGUUUAGAUUUGCAUACAAUAACAUGAAAUUUCUAGUCAGUGUUAGUAAAAUUCUUCAUCGUAAAGCUCGUGUUGACUCCUGUGCAGUCAACAUGCAGUCUCUCUCUGUUUGAAAUCUGAUAUAUGUACAGUAACUUCAAAUGACAAGCUGACUUACAGCUGCCAUCUGGAACCAUGUAGCUCUCAAUAUUUCUGUACUGUUCGUCAAACAGGUCAAAAUUAUAUUUUAUUAAAGGAAUAUUCUGGUAUAACUUGGAGCAUUAUGGAUGGCAAAUGCGUACAAUCACAUUAUUUUGAAAGAAUAAAUAAAACAUUUAAACAUGAAGUAUGAGGUAAGUGUGUCAGUAUCAAAGAGAUUGUGCAUGUUAUAAGUAAUGGCCCUGCCAUACAGAAUCAAAAAUUACAAAACUGAGAGAUGAGUUAAAUUAUAGGCAGUACUUCAAAGAUGCUGUCAGUAAAGUUUCACUUUAUUUAACCCGAAACUCCCUUAACCAGCCAACUGUAAUGUUGCAAAUUACUGUAUUUUGACAUUUUUAUGUUUAAGCCAGUUCUUCUCAAAAUAACCACUGAUAAGUACACGGUUAACCCAGAUAUUGUCUUUACUUAAAAAAAUCAUGUAAACAUCACUUAAUAUUUUGAGUUUUGGACAAAUUAUUUUGUUCAUUUAACUUUUAAGCAUAUAACACUGCAAAAUAAUAUCAAGAAAAAAUCUUAGUUUUCAGUAAAAAUAUCUAAAAAUUCUUAAAUUAAGAUGCUUUUUCUUGAUGAGCAAAAUGGCCUAAGAAAAUAAGUCUGGUAUUUAGACCAAAAAUAUACAAUGUAAGUGAUUUUGUGCAUAAAACAAGCAAAACAAAUCUGCAAAUUUUUCUUGAAUUUAGUGUUUAAGAAAAAUGUUCAAGAUUUUUUUUGCUUACCCCAUUGGCAGUUUAAAUUUUUUUUUUUUUUGCUUGUUUUAUGCACAAAAUCGCUUAGAUUUGAUAUUUUUGGUAUAAAAACUAGACUUAUUUUCUUGGGUCGUUUUGCUCAUCAAGAAAAAGCAUCUUAAUUUAAGAAUUUUUAGAUAUUUUUACUGAAAACAAGACAAAAAUACUAAGAUUUUUUUCUUGAAAAUCAUUUUUUGCAGUGCAUAUAUUAAACGAAAACAUUCAUGUGAAAUGAACUAAAAUUUACCAGUACAUGUUUUAAGGAAUAUCCAUGAUUUUAGUAUUUUGAUUAUGCUUUUUCAAGUAUUAUUAUUUUUUUUUAAGUAAAUUGAACUAUUCUGGGUUUACAGUGUAACUCUCCAAUUCAUUGAUGUGAUAUUGAUUAUCUUCAUAGCUGUGACAAUAUUGUGCAAUUUUCAGCCCUUAAAUACAGUAAAGGAUUGGUUUUGCAUUCUCUGAGACAAUAUUGGAACUGCUGUAUUAUUAUUUACUAUAGUAUACUAAUAUUUUUUUUCUCUUAGUAAUCUAUUUUGCAUGAAAGUCUUAAGUGUCUGUCAUUUAAAAGGGCGAGUUUUGAAAACUUGCUAUGUUGUUGCAGAAGGUUGAAUUGCAGGUGCAGACUUUCUCCUGUUUAUAAAAAAAAAACGUGUUGUCACUGGAAUAAGUCAUUUCAGAUCAAGAGUUUUGAAGAUAUGAUCUGUAAUGCAAAUGGGAUUUACUCGCUGUAUUAAACAAAUAUAAUCCAUAUGAUCUUUUCACCAGCAAGUGUUUAUUAUAUGAAAGCUUUUCUAUGAUCCAAUGUGCCAGAGACCCUGUAAAUGUAUUUUUUUUUCUCAUCUGCUGUUUUGAGAACACUACUUUGAAAGUAGAGUAUAAUUUUUUUUUCAUUUGUUUUAAUAAAUUCACUUUGAAUAUGUUUUCUUGGAUGACUGUAAUAAUCUGUCCUCGCUCCCAAAUGCUUUGUGCCAAAAGAAAUUCAGUGGAACAUGGGGACGUAUUAAAUCUUCAUCUGUUUUAAUCACACAUUUACACUGGUUGAUUGUUUUGCCUUAUAGUUUAUCUUGAGAUGUUUUAUCAUAAAAAAUAUAUAUAAAACUUUUUUCUCUAUUUCUGUUCAUGAAUAAUUAUUUCGCUUUUACUUGAUACAUAUACAACACAAUUUACCCAAUGUGAAACGGCUUUGCAUAUUUUAAUUUUUUUUUUCUGUAACACUAUCACAUGUUGUUCUGUGAGUCUUGGUUACUGUUUCAAUUCAUGGCGAUAUAUCGAAAUAAAUCUGUUUUUACGCACUGAA